GAAGACUGGGGCACUUUGGGGACUGGUAGGGGACCAGGAGCGUGAUCGUGGCCAGCGCUGGCCCAGGGGCCGAGCGUGCCAGCAGGGCGCGUUUGCAGCCCGUCACGUCCGCAGAGACGGGCCACGGCCGGGCGGGGGAAGCCCAGCGGUGCUUGACCCCGCUGCUCGCCGCUCCGCUCUCCGGCCGCCGUGCCCGAGCCGUGCAGCCGGCGUCGUCCCUGGAGCCGUGGGGCUGCCGGAGCCCACCGGGACCCCCCCAGCUGCCCAAAAGGUACCAGGGCCACCUUCAUCCCCAGGACAGGCAGAGCUGAGGCACCCAGCACCGCCAUCCCGGUGCGGUGCGCUCAGGCCCAGGGCAGGGGGCAGGUGAGGAGCCCCGAGGGCGCCCGGGGACGCCCUUCCCGGUCCCAGAGCCAAGAGAGGAAACGGCCGGAGGCAGGAAGCCGUCCACGGGGCCCCCGGAGCGCUUUUACUCGAAGGUCAGCACUGACACAACAGGAAAUCACUCUGCCUCGGCACGGCGGCCGGGCCGGAGAGCCGUGCCACCCGAGGGGUGCUCCCGGCCCCCGGCCCUCCAUCCCGGCCGCUCGCGGGGAGCCCGCGCCACAGCUGCCCUCCAUGGAAGGGGGACGGGAACCGGGGAGCAGCCACUGGGCCCAGGGUGGAAGAUGCAGGGCCGAAGCCCCCAGGCGAGCAUGGAGCUGAACAGACUGCUCCUCCUCACCUCCUUCCUCCUGCACGUCAAAGAGGGCCGUGCCAGCCCGGCGCGGCUGGUCUGCGACACCAGGCUCAUCCAGAAGUACAUCGCGGAGGCCAAGGACAUGGAGAAGAAAGCGAACCAGUGCCAAGCUCCGUCCACGCUCAGCUCCCCCGUGGCGCUGCCCCCGGUGGAUAUCAAACUCCCGCAGUGGAAAACCAAAUCGAACGACACCAAGCGGCGCGAGAUCCUCUGCAACCUGGCGCUGCUGGUGGGCGCCGUCAGGGGGGCGCGGAGCCAGGAGAGCCAGGAGUGCUGGGCCAGGCAGCUGAGUCAGCUCUACCGCCACGCUGAGUUCUUCCUCCGGCUCCUGCAGACCUGGGAGGCCCCCCAGGAAGAGCCCUGGGAGCCGGGCUGCUCCCCGGGCUCCAAAGAGAUCAACACGGCCGUGAUCUUCCUCGCCUACCAAAGGCUGCUGCAGGGCAAGCUGCACUUCUUCUUCCACGACCUGGCCAAGGACUCGUGCGACCGAGGCCAGGGGGCCGGCAGGGACCCCUCCCGCGGGGUCUGAAGCUGGGU